AUGCAGUCUUCCCAGCAGCAGUCCCCUUCGCAACAGGCUGCCCCGGCGUCGCCCAGGUCCGCCAUCGAACAUGUGUCUUUGGAAUCCCCUAGAACAACGUUCCUCACCCCUACCAGCGGUUCGGGGUUGAAACAGAGAAUUCGAGAGCUUGAGAGUAUCAUUGACUCGGAGUUGAAAUCUCUUCACAGAGAAGUGCACAUGUACCGCAACCAGAAAGUUGUGCAAACAAGCACGUGCGAAACUCUAGUGGAGGACACGAAGAAAGAUCUCGUAGACCAUCUAGAACGAUCAAAAAUGGAGCUGAAGCAGUUCUUCGUCCAACAGCGGAGCGAAAAUCUCCGCCUUCACGACCUCAUCAAAACGCUGCGCAACGAAAAUGCGUUGUUACAACAGAGCCAGCUUCAGCUGCAAAGGCGCUUACAGGCUCUAGAAGAAGAUCUUGGACAGUAA